AUGAUCAAGGGUAUUCAGCGCGACAAUGGUUAUUAUCGGUAUUUUGGCUCGUCGAAUAGUCAAAUGAAAGAACAAGCCGGAUGGUUCUUAUUACUUCCUCCGAAUGAAAACAUGGAUCAAGCACGUGAGAAAAUUGGCAAAGUAUCUAAAAUUCGUAGCGUAUCAACCUACAUUGCAAGAGUGGGCCUAUAUUUAACUACAUCCAGAUCAGCUGGGAUCAAACUAACGUAUAAGGGUGAAGCAACAAAAUCCAAUGGUGAGCCGCAUUUAAAAAGAAAAUCAUCUCUGUUCUCUUCGAUCAAACGACUGUUUAGAAAGCCCAAGAAAUCAGAGCCUGAGUAUAUGGCCAUCCAGAUUCCUGAUGAGAAAAGAAAUGAAUAUACUUUUACCGAUGGUUGUGGCAAAAUUUCCCUUGGUCUUGCCAGAAAAGUCGCCCAAAACAUUGGUAUUCAAAUAAAAGACGACAUGGAUAUACCCUCAGCUUUCCAAGUGCGAAUUGCUGGAUACAAAGGGAUGCUCUCAAUAGAUCCCGAAUCUAGGUCGAACGAAUUUUACAUUCUUGUCCGAGAAAGCAUGAAGAAAUUCGAUAGCGAUGAUUGGACUCUGCAUAUUGUCGAUCAUUCUCGUCCCAUGCCUUUGAGUUUGAAUAACCAAGUUAUUCGGUUAUUGAGCGAUUUGGGUGUUCCGAAUGGCGCUUUUGAAUCGAUUCAAACCCGGUGUAUCGAUCGAAAAGAGCUUUGGCAUCCUCCACCGCAAUGCUAUUUGAAUGCAAUGGAUUCACUUAAUCAAGCACUUAUUAACGAAAGGAGAUUGAAAUACAGAAAUGCGAAACAUUUUCUUCGUAAAAAUAAAAUCCCAUUGCCAAUAAAUGAGGCUCGCAAUCUCUUUGGGAUUGCUGAUGAAACACAGACAUUAAAACCUGGAGAAUGUUUUAUUCAGUACCGUCACCUUCCAAGUUCAUCAAGUUCCAAAAAAUAUUCCAUAUAUGAAGGACCGGUCAUAGUGACCAAGCAUCCAUGUCUUCACCCAGGAGACAUUCGCCUACUUCGAGCGGGCUACGAGCUCCAACUUGAAAAUAUCGUUCCAUCAUUAUUAUAUCCACCUGCAGAGAAAAAAUCAGACAAACAAGUAACCAACGAACGAGUAGUGGAUUAUGUACUUGAUACAUUCACUGACAGUUUCGUUGGUAUCAUUGCUAAUGUGCACAAAGCCAUUGCUGACAAACAUCCCCGAGGUACAUUGUCGAAAGAAUGCGCAGAAUGUGCAGAGCUCUUUGCACGUGCAAUCGAUGCGCGUAAAACAGGUGAAAGCAUUUCAAUGGUUCGCAUUGAUGAGCUGAAAAAACAGUAUUAUCAAAGUUGUCCUCGAUGGAUGAUGAAGUUCGAUAAACCAGAAAUGGAUCCGCCAAGUAAUUCAAUUAACGAGAUUCUUUACCGAAAAGCAGAAGAUGCUUUGCUUCAUGAUGAAAACUUUCAAGAUAUUUUACGACCUCUACAAGGGGUCGAGUUGCCUGCAGAACCAAUUACAAUUGAUAUAGACGAUACAGCUCUCACUGUCGAAAAUGAAAUCUCAAGUAACCAAAUUCGUAUGGCUUGUUGUUGUUAUUGCAUAUUCAUCAUGCUAGUUAUUGCUGCAGUGAUUUAUUGUUUCAAAAGAUUCAAAAUUUGGGGCAUCUUCUCCUAA